AUGGCUCACGAAAAGAGUGACGGUGCACAACUUGAGGUCAGUGAGCCUCCAAGGUCAACAGCACGCCAUGUGCGUAAUGAACAUGUGCCCACCGAUCUGGAUGAUCCGCAUCGCGCCGCCCUCGAGGAGAAUCCCGAACAUGCGGAGCGAAUGACAUGGACCACAAUCCUCGCCGUCCUGUCAUUGUCUCUGUCAUAUGUUUGCCCAAUUUCCUGUGGCUUCGUCCUGGUCACAAGUAUUCUUGUGCCUAUUGCAACAGAUCUUGACGGUGAUGUUGCCAACAUCACCUGGAUUGUCGGUGGCUGGUCCAUUGCGUCUUCUGUAAGCUUCUGUAUCGCAGGCUCGGCCUCGGACAUCUUUGGCAGGCGCUGGACUAUAAUUUCAGGCGAAGUCCUCGCCAUUGUUGGAUCCAUUGUCGCUUGUACGGCGAAGACAACACUCGACGUAGCGGCUGGCUCAACUAUUGUUGGGUUCGGCUGUGGCAUCAUCUUCGUCUCAUACGCUGGGAUCCAGGAGCUUGUCCCGAACAAAUGGCGUGGUCUCUUAGGUUUAACUGAGCUAGCAAUGACUAUUCCAUGGGCCGCUGCAGGUACACUAAUUGCAACAUCGCUGAACACGAACACGGCUGCUGGUUGGAGAUGGUGCUACUAUAUCGGUAUCAUCUAUGGGGUCCUCAGCAUGAUUGGAACCUUCGUAUUCUACUAUCCACCUCCUCGCCCUCAGUACGACUUCGAGAAAUCUCGGUGGCAAGAGAUCAAGGAGAUUGACUAUGUUGGCUUCGUCCUAUUCACAGCUGGCCUGACCAUCUUGUUGAUUGGGCUCACAUGGGCAGGAAGUGUUGAUCAUCCUUGGAAUUCUGCCUCGACCAUUGCACCAAUCAUCGUUGGGGUUGUAGUUCUGAUUGCCUGCUUCAUCUACGACUUUACCAUUCCAAAACAGCCACUCUUUCCUCUACACUUGUUCCGACAAUUCCGCGAGUUCACGGUGCUAUUGGUGGUUGUCUUUGUCGCAGGUGCUGUCUUCUAUUCGUUUUCUGGACUCUUGCCUCAGGGGUCACUAUAUAUGUUCACGAACGACCCAAUCCAGAUCGGAAUCAUCGCUCUCCCUAAUGGUAUUGCGCAGGUCAUCUUCGGCGGCUGUGCAACCAUCGUGAUGGGCAAAGUCGGCCACCUGAAAUUGCAGGUUAUCUUCUUCCUGGUUGUGCAGACUGUCUUUGUCGCCGCGUAUGCCGGUGUCGUACCAAACAACAGGACAGGCUGGACGGCUUUCCAAUUCUUCGGUAUGGGUCCGUUUGCCUUGAUCACUUUGCUGUGUUACGUAAUUGCUGGCCUCAAUGUUCCUUUGAGACAUUUGGGACUUGCCUCUGGCUUGAUUGGCACUUUCAGAAGCGCUGGAGGCAGUGUUGGCAAUGCAGUCUUCAACACUAUCCUGAAUGGUGUGGUCAAGGAUCAAAUCCCAAAGAAACUCGCAGCUGUUGCCCUCGAGAACGACAUGUCCCUGGAUGUUCUGGAAUUCCUGAUUCCCGCCACAGCAAUGAAUGCUGUAGGUGUGCCAGGUGCCUUUGCGACUGUGCCUGGGAUCACUCCAGCAAUCGAAGAAGCCGCCGCCACCGCCUACAAACAGGCGUAUGCUUUCGCGUUCUCACGCGUGUUCUAUGCUUCCAUUCCUUUUGGCAUACUUGCGAUUGUCUGCGCCGUAUUCAUCAAGGACCCAUCGCAGUAUCUCACCAACCAUACAGCUGUUCACAUGGUCAAGGAGGUGGUGGGAUCAUCUGAGCCUCAGCAUGUCGAAAAUAGCAACGCGCAAUAUCAAGACUCGAAGGCGCCUUCGAGUUCCGACACUGAUAAAGCAUCUUAA